GUAACCUCACAGUAAAUCGGAAUGCGCAGUUACCCGCUGAGUGUGUGCGAUUAUUUAUGAGGAGUAGUACAGUUCUCAUCUUAGCUCAGCUCACCUCCAUUAAUGGCGAUCAGUAGUUAAGCGUGAUCUAUUCCUUUUUUCACGGAUUUUCUCUCACUAGUUUUCCCCUACUCUACUCCCUAUAAACUCCUACCACUACCAACAACAGCCAAUCCAUAUCGCCUCCAUUUUACACAGGACAUUCAUUAUUUGCUGCCGCAGCUUUUAUUCUGAUUGGAGCGGCGCAGAUUUCCUCUGCAAAUCUGUGAUGGAGCUCAGCAAAGUUACGCUCGAGAUCUUCUCCAAGCUGGAGCAGAAGUGGCUGCACCACUGCGAGGGCAAGAAGACGCGUGUGCUCAGCAUUGACGGCGGCGGAACCACCGGCAUUGUCGCCUGCGCCGCUCUGCUCCACCUCGAGGACCAGAUCCACGAGAAAACCGGCGAUUUCAACGCACGGAUCGCUGAUUUCUUCGAUAUUGUCGUCGGCACUGGAAUCGGCGCUCUCCUCGCCGCGAUGCUCGUCGCCGACGACGGUUCCGGCCGUCCGCUCUUCUCCGCCAGAGAUGCGGUGACGUUUUUGACCGCCAAUCAGGCGAAGCUGUUCAAACCGAAGAAGCUGGCUGGAUUCCGGCGGAGGAUGAGAUUUUCCGGUGGAAGCAUGGACGCCGUGCUGCAGGCGGCCUUCCGCCGCGUCGACGGCAAGGUUUUGACGCUCAAGGACACGUGCAAGCCUCUCCUCGUGCCUUGCUUCGAUCUGAUGAGCUCGGCGCCGUUCGUCUUCUCCCGCGCCGACGCCUCUGAGUCGCCGAGCUUCGAUUUCGAGCUGGCGAAGGUGAUCCGCGCCACGUCGGCGACGCCGUCGAUGUUCAAGCCGUACAGGCUGUCGUCUCGCGACGGAAAGACCUCCUGCCUGGCGGUGGACGGCGGAUUGGUGAUGAACAACCCUACCGCCGCCGCCGUCACUCACGUCCUCCACAACAAGCGUGAUUUCCCGUCGGUGACCGGAGUCGAUGAUCUGUUAGUCCUCUCCAUCGGUAACGGACAAUUGAGCAGUUCUUCUCCGGUGAAGCUCAGCCGCAGCGGCGAUUGCUCCACGGCGGCGGUCGUCGGCAUUGUCCUCGACGGCGUCUCCGAAACCGUCGAUCAGAUGGUGGGGAACGCCUUCUGCUGGAACCCUAACGAUUACGUCAGAGUUCAGGCUAACGGCGUCUCGAUCACGGCGGAGGACGUGCUGGCGGAGAGAGCGGUGGAGUCGCUGCCGUUUGGCGGGAAGCAGUUACUGACGGUGACUAACGGCGGGAGGAUCGAAGGGUUUGUGCAACGCCUCGUUGCGUCGGGGAAGAGUAACGGAAGCCUGCCGCCGAGCCCGUGCAAAGAGACGGCCGUUAUUAGUCCCCUGGUUAACGGGCGUUAGAUUAAUUUUGUUUAGAUUAAUUUUGUCAUUUUGCGCUCAGUUUUAUAUCAGGAAAAUGUCAGUUAACUGUCUCUCUUCGUCAACUUCAAAUACUAGCCGUACGAUUAAAUAAAUGGGAGUGGUUUAUUAUUA